AUGUCAUUCAAACUUGGAGCAAUACCAUUGCGCCGCACGUACCUUUAUCUUGAACAGGGCACUAUACAGUUCAGAGAUUGUGUCAAAGUUGGUUUUUCAAUUCGCUUGAAUUUUUUUGAGGUAUUCGCUCUGGGUUAUAAACAAUAUCCACGAAGUGAACAGCAUAAGGGUGUGGUCGAAUUUGUUUUUUGGCAUUGGGCUCAGUUACAAUACAAAAAUCCAUUCGUUCAGUUAGUACGACUGAAUGAUAUGAGUGUUUUACCUUUCGGCAAAGCAUUUUUAGAUGAUGGUCGUGAAGUGCUAUUCGAUUUUGAAGGGAAAAGCCGUGAGGAAGUAGAAGAAAUUAUACGAACGACUUUGGGUAAAACGAAAGUGUCACUGAGACGAGAACGAUUAGAGAAAAUGUUAAGAACUGAUCAGGUUUUGUUUGGAAAGAAGUGUAAAAGGGAGUGCAUGUGUGAAGUACAGGGGCAGCAUCCAUGUACUUCAUUACUAUAUGCACCUGACUACAUGAAAGGAAAAUGGAGAUGGAAUCAUAAUAAUCAGUAA